AUGGCGUCGUCGCGAUACCCAGCGUCCAAGGCGGUAAUCCUGCUGGGGGGUCAUGAAGACCGGCACUUCCGUCCUCUAUCCAUGGAUCUACCCACGCCUCUUUUUCCCAUCGCUGGCCGGCCCAUGCUUUACCACCACGUGGAAGCGUGUGCAAAGGUCCCAAACCUCCAGGAGAUACUCUUGAUUGGAGCGUACGACGCGGGUCUGUUUGCCAGCUUCAUGGACAGGGUGACCCGCAACAUCAUCGGCAUCCCGUCCAUCCGGUAUCUUCAAGAGCGUCAGCAUCUCGGGACCGGUGGGGGACUGCGUACGUUCCGCGAGGACAUUGAAAGCGGAGGCCCGGACCUGUUUUUCGUGCUGCACUUCGACAUUUGCUGCAGCUUUCCACUCGUGGACAUGCUGCACCACCACAUCCGAGCCCAGGCGUUUGUGACUGUCCUUGGGAAGCGAGUGUUCCCCGACGAAGCCAAGACGUACGGGUGCCUUGUAGCGGACCCGGACUCGUCCGAGGUGGUCCAUUGGGCUGAAAAGCCCACGUCGUUCGUCAGCGACUUGAUCAACUGCGGGGUGUACCUCUUGAACAUGGACAUGCUCCAGGACAUUGUCGAGUUGGGCGAUGCGUUGGCCGACCAGAGACAACAGGCGGCGUUACGCAGCGCCACGUACCCGCACCUGUUUCACAACAUCCCCGACCAACUCCGACUCGAGCAAGACUUUUUGCUCCCCAUGGCUGGCACCCAGACGCUGUUUGUGUUUGAAACGGGUGACUUUUGGUGCCAGAUCAAGACGCCAGGGAUGGCGGUCAUGUGCUCCGAGCUGUACAUGCAGCGGUAUCGGUACGUCGACCCGACGCUCCUCGCGUCCACAGGCGGCAAACUCUCCCCCCGCAUCGAAGGCAAUGUGGUCGUGCAUCCGUCGGCAAGUGUCCACCCCACAGCCAAGUUGGGCCCGAACGUGUGCGUUGGCGCGGGCGUGACGAUAGGGCGCGGGGUUCGCGUCGCGCAUUCGAUUGUGCUGGCGGGGACGACGAUCCGAGAUCAUGCGUGUGUGCUGUUUUCAAUCCUCGGGUGGAAUGCGAUGGUGGGCGAGUGGGUUCGCGUUGAAGGAGAACCGCCAAACGACAAGCCCGAUGCGGCGUCCGUCGGGGGCGGCGGCGUCCGCGACGUGACCAUCUUGGGCACCGCCGUGGUGUGCAUGCCCGAAGUGAUUGUGCGCAACUGCAUCGUUCUGCCCCGCAAAACCCUCACGCAGAGUUGCCACAACCAAGUGCUGCUCUAACACGUUCGUGCGACCGUAUCGCAGAGGAGUGUAUGCACGGCCUUCCAUGACGUGGCAUGAUACAGGGCGGGCUGCGUCCGUGGGCUAGAAGGGUUAGGGAGUUGAAGUGUCGUCGCGUCGGCGAUGGUCAAGCCCACAUGCGCAGCCAGUUUGAAGAUGCUGCUGCCGCGCGCGUUCAAGACGAUGCCCACGUCGGCCGCCAAGAGCGCUGGGAGGUCGUUGAUGCCGUCCCCCACAAAGACGACCCCGUGGGACGACGGAUGCGCUAGACCCGACACAGGAAUGUAACUACAUGAGGAUUGAUGAUCUGGAAUGCCAAAGAUUGGGGUUAUGGGGGUUCAAUGUCAUGGCCAACUUGGCGUUGUGUAUA